UGAUUGGUCAGUCUGAGGUGGUACAGUACCUGUCAUAAGUUACACAAGUGAGACAAGACUGUCAAAAGUGGUAUAGUACCUUUCAAAAGUUACAUGCGUGAGUCAAAGCUGUCUUGAAUUUAAUUGAAAACAGACAUAUUCUUAUAGCUCUGUGACAAAUCUGACAAUUUCAAAAUGUUGACUUUUGCUAAUCGUCUUUGUUUUUAUUGCGGUAAUUUGGCUUUCGCUUCUAUCUAAAUAUUCUAUCAUCCUGAAGAAGGGACAAGUCAACUCGAAAAUUUGACAAUACCAUAUUGUUCGUGUGAUUGGUCAAUUUUAAUGUCAAUAUCUAAUUUCCAGAAACAAAUACAUGCACAGAGAGAGAUAGAGAGAGAGAGAGAGAGAGAGAGAGAGAGGAUGCAUUAUUGUUGUUGAACCAAGAGAAAUGUGAAAUAACUUAUUAGCCUCAAAGUGGCUCCUGAUCCAAAGUAUAUCACAUACGGGAUGAUUUCAGUUUCUCCAUCGUCAACUUCCCAUAUUUAUGUAGCAAUAUUCCAUUAUCACCUGCAUAUGGUGUUUAUAUAUCUCAACUGAUUCGAUAUGCAAGAGCUUGUUCUGUGUAUAGUCAGUUUUUAAAUCGAUGUAAGCUACUGACAAACAAGUUGAUGGUACAGGGGUUUCAACAGUCUCGAUUGAAGUUAGCAUUUCGCAAAUUCUAUGGUCGUUAUAACGAUCUAGUUAGUUAAUACAACCUCGUAUUGGGUCAAAUGCUGUCUGACGUGAUUCAUACCGAUUGUUAAGCCGUUCUUGGCACACUGAUUUUGACUGCGGAUAACUCCGUUUACCUGAUCAGGAUAUAGGGCUCACGGCGGGUGUGACCGGUCAACAGGGGAUGCUUACUCCUCCUAGGCACCUGAUCCCACCUCUGGUGUGUCCAGGGGUCCGUGUUUGCCCAACUAUUUAUUUUGUAUUGCUUAUAGGAGUUAUGAGAUUGAUUACUGUUCGUUUUCUUCACCUUGCAUACAACCCUUGGAAGUUUUAUGAAGCAUGACACUGGAGGGUGUUUUGUAAGUUUUCACAAUAUUUUUGUAGGAAAGAAGUAGGUACAGUUUCUACAGUCAUCUGGCCCAAAAUAUUGAUGAUUUCACUUGGAGCUCAAAUCCUGGCAUUCAAUUAAGGAAUAGUUAAGCAAACCCAAAAUUCACUAAGUUUGAUCAGCAAAAAUAAUUUGUGUCAUAUGACGAGAGCUUGAAGUUGGCAUAAAAUUGCAAAAAUGCCAUUUUCAAUGAAAAUAUCCACAAAUUCAGGUGGUUUUCCAUUUAGAAAACAUACAGAGCAUGCGUCGAGCAAAUUCAUAUUGAAGCAUGUUUUUCAUCUCAAAAUAAUACACAAUACAUAUCAUUUUCAUUUUGCUCGACAAAUGCGCACAUCUUUUCCUGAGCAAUAAUUUGUAUGACAUUUGACAGUUUUCAGGCUUAUUUUGAGAAAAAGGCGGGAAAUAUCUUAUUCAUGAUGUCAUAAUGCUAUCCAUUUAGGACUAUCAUUCUGAUUUUGUUGACAUAGUAUACUUGGCAUUUAUUUUACUUUCUUAAAACGCUGAUUAAGGUUAAUUCCAGACACAUUUUAUAGAGAGAAAUUUUUUGGGCCUUUUUAUGUAUACAACCGUACCUUGUUCUUUUCACAUUCUGCCAGAAGAAGUCAAUAGAACAACUACAAAGACUGGAAAAUUACAUGAAAGAAGCCCUACAACUAAGACAAUCCUCUACAUCAAAUUCUGAGGAAGAGAAGAUGGAGGUGGAUCAGAGCCCUGCAGGGGGUGGAGAAGGAAAGACAGAAGUUGGAGGAGAGAAGAUGGAGGGUGGAAAUUCUCUACUAGAUCAGGUAGUGGAAAGACAUGGCAAGGAGGUCAGAAAGGCAACAUCUACUGAGACAGCCCAACAUCAGGCUAAGUUGUUCAUUGAACAAAAGCUAAGGGAGCUUUUACCUGAUGAGAAACAUCACCAGGACGAGAGAGUUCGAAGCUACAUCAAUAAAUCCGUGGAACUGUGCUGGUUCAUGUGUAUGCAGGACCCUCCUAUGGAGCUAGUUUUCCCGAAGAAAGGUGACACGAUAGACAAAGCCUUGUUUUCUCACCACGGCAGGAAAGGUAAAAUUGCGGACACGUGUGUGUGGGCGGCCAUGCUUCUUCACAAGGAUGGACCACUGGUGUGUAAGGGUUACGUGCUCCCCGAGGAAAAGAGGAAGUGAACGAACCAAAUGAAAAAUUGCUAUUCUGGAUGUGUAUUAGUGUGUACAUUAGGCUAGAUCUCUGUUUUAUAGACGGCAGGUAUCGCAUGCAAAUGUAUUCCAAGAAGUUUUUUAAGUUUUCAAAAUUUGUGUACAUAG